AUGAUGAAACUUGCACUGGCAAUCUUGGCGGUGCUGGCGGCUUCGGUGCAGGCUGCCAAAUAUUACGAUGGUGAGUUGAUGGCUAGGGUGAAGACAUUGCGGCGAUCCAUUUACUUGUCUCUUAGUAAGGUCGCUGGAGUGAUGCAUUGUGAGCAGACAAAAGUUCGCUUUGCACAGUGAUAUAGGCUUUUAUACGUUUGCACCGUCGCUUUUUCGACACAGUGCAAAUGCCAAGCGUCACUCCAGCGGUUUUGCUAGCCGUAGCGACGUUUUAGAAAUGGUUUUCAGUCUGUCGGGAAAAUAAUGUGCGAAAUUUCGUACCCAAAUGUCGCAUCGCCGCCGAAAAACUAAAUUGUGUUGCGACAAAAUCAAAUUUGAUUUUUACUAACUUCGCGAGCGGCGCAGCGACAGAGCUCCCACUAUUUUCCCGACAGACUGACAGAGAUCUUGUCGAUUCCUUAUCUCAUUUUUUUCAGAUUCUGCAAAGGCCGCUCUGACAAUUGGAACCGAGGAAUCCAAAUCCUUGGACUUCAAGUUCCAAGCCGACCACAGCGACAUCUUUGUUUUUGGUCCUGCUUGCGAGAAAGCUGACAGCUGUGCCAAAGAAGCUCAUGCGACCUUCGACCCGGUGUAAGCAAUGUAUAUAUAUGGCUUGGGACUUCUAUGUCUCUCCGCAAGAGUCUAUCCGAACCGUGCAAAUUUAGUACAAAGUUAGAAGUUACGCAAUCUGGCAUAACGUUGCGCAAUUUCUCUCUUUGUAAGAAUUUCUGCCCUUCUCUGCCGCCUCCUCCUUUUUCGUCAACUUUUCACUUUGGACUAAACUUGCAGGGUUCGUAUGGACCCUUGCGGAUAGAUUUAGAAGCCCCGAGCCAUAUAUGUAAUAUGAUGCAUUCUUUUAGAAAAAACAACGGAACUGUUGGGUCUCAAGACUUGCAUUUCAACGGCGUCGUCGUAGAUGAGUACAGUGGAAUUACAGUCCAGGUCAGUUUGAAGGGCGUUGGCACGCAGUGAUGCGUCCGUCAAUGACCUCCGUUUAAUUAGAAAUUUUUAAAGUCCCAAGUGGAAGUUUAAGCCGAAAGAGUCUUUUUACGUAACAAGCGCCUCUUAUAAGUUUCAUGUUAAUCUUAAACUGUAUAAAAACAUAAUCGAAUGAGACGUAACCUAGAACACUAUAAAGUGUUACUUAAAACACUAAAAUGUUACGUAAAAAACAAAAUGUUUACUACUAAUCGGGGAAAAUGCGAUAUCCAUUUGUGGGAGCGAAAAAAAAAUUCUUUUAGAGUGCGACAGAAUUCGUGGCACGAUAGAUUUUCAAAACUUUUUGCCGCAGGAUUAAUACGUAUGACUUGUUGUUCCAGUUGCUGUGUACUCUAUAACAUACAAAUUUUGCAUUACAUAGGCAGACAAAGGUUAUAAAACUAAGGUCCUAUAUUUCAGCUGGACAAAGCCGUUUCUACGCACAAGAUCUUGGUUGCAACAAAGCCUAUCGAUCCCAAGAAAACGGUUUCUUUUGACAGCGACGCCUAUUUCGGCUUGCGAAUCCACAGAGACGACACUGCAUUCUCUUCGUUGGUCGAUGGUCAGGAAGAAGGAAAAAAGUUCUUGUUGAUCAUCCCGAAAGACCCCAAGGUGAGCGAAAAAUCAGGGUAUUUUGGAAGUUGUGAGAAUGGCUUGAACAGUUAAACGUUGCAGAACAGCAAGAGCGAAGGCCAGGUGGUUGUUGGAGCGGACGAUAACAAAGCUUGCGCCGAGUUCAGUCUGCAAGACACUCAAGUGUUCAGCAACCAAAGUUCGUGGGCGGUGCAGAUCAAGUACGUUCAUUUAGACUCUUGCAAUAUAUCAAAAAUAAAUUUUAAAUCGCUAACGGUGUAUUUGCAGCAUUACAUACAGUGGAAAAUCAGGCCUCGUGAAUGUGGCACCCGCUUUCACCGAGAAACUACUUAUCAAUGAUAGAAUCAAGGCCGAGAUCUUCGGUUCGGGAGAGUUGUCUGCUGAUGAGUACAAAAACGCGACGGAUUUGGUGAUCAAGCACGGAAAGGUUGAGAUCAAGAUCCCGAAAGAACAGCUGUUCGUGGAAAAGGACAAGAAAUACGUUCUGAACGCCGACCCGACUGGUACCCAUGAUGAUUUUCAGCUCGGCCUCAAUAACAAUGUCCUGAAGAACUAUUGCAUCAAGUUGGUGAAGGAGACGGAGAAGUACACCAUUGGCCUCUCCGACCGAAAGAACUCCGUUGGCUUGGUGUCGGCGAGCCUCGGCCUGUUGAUGGGAAUGCUUGCAGUUGUCCGGCUUUAA